AUGUCCACCCCCUUCAGGCCGGAGAAAAAUCCAGAUACCCACAACAUUUGGCCAUCAUCUUCUCCCCAAACCCAACCUGCCAUCCGUCCUCCUCGCGAUCGCAGUGACUUUAGGAUCAUCCUCAUCUGUGCCUUGCCACUGGAAGCCGAGAGUGUUCAGGCGACGUUUGAUCAUUGUUGGGACGAUGAAGGCAAAAGAUAUGGAAAAGCCAGCGGGGAUCCUAACGAGUACACGACCGGUAUGAUCGGUGAACAUAAUGUGGUGCUUGCUCAUAUGCCUGGCAUGGGGACUACCAGCGCUGCAGCUGUGUCCGCCGCACGUGUGAGCUUCCCUAGUAUUGUGCUGGCUAUUGUGGUCGGCAUUUGUGGAGCUGCACCUUUUGGAAAUAAUCACCAGGAGAUCUUGCUUGGUGACGUUGUCAUCAGUAAGGCCCUGGUUCAGUAUGAUUUUGGGAGGCAACAUCCCGGUGGUUUUGAGAGGAAGACGGACGUUCAAGCAUCAAUUGGACGACCAAGUCCGGAACUUCGAGCCAUCCAGGCUAGACUUGCGACAACCCAGCAUAAGCAACGAAUGCGGAGGAAUCUCACUCGAUACCUCCAGGAGAUUCAGCAGACUUUGCCCGGUACAGUCUGCCCUGGUCGAGAGUACGAUGUUCUCUACCGAUCGUCUUAUAUUCACCAGCAUCACCCGUCUGCAAAUUGUCAGAAGUGCAGCGAGGUGGGGGAAAUCUGUGAAGUAGCUCUCCAUGCUAAUUGUGAUGACCUGGGAUGUCAGGCCAACAUGCGUGAGGAACGCAAGCGUAUGGCCGGCCCCUCGACGAUAGACCCGGAGAUUCACUUUGGCAUCGUAGCUUCAGGGAAUGCAGUUAUAAGGUCAGGGGAAUACCGUGACCAGCUAGUGAAAGCAGAAGGCGUGAUUGGGUUCGAGAUGGAAGGUGUAGGCGUUUGGGACUAUUUUCCGACUAUCAUCAUCAAGGGCGUCUGCGACUAUGCUGAUAGUCACAAACAAAAAGGAUGGCAGUCAUAUGCUGCAGCUGCGGCAGCUGCGUGCACGAAAGCUUUCUUGAAAGAGUGGGAUGCUGCAAGUACUGUGAAAGAGAGGGACGUGGCAAGUCACCAGAAGUUCCAUUGGCUGGUUCCCUUCGAACGAAAUCGAGAUUUCGUGGAUCGCACAAGUAUCAUGGACGAGCUGCUUCACCUAAUUCCUCCUGAGAUGGAAAUGGAUUGCUGUCAGCGAACAGUCAUCGAAGGCCUCGGGGGCACUGGAAAGACUCAGAUCGCUCUCGAGGCUGCAUUUCGCAUUCGAGAUCAAUAUCCUUCCUGUUCGAUCUUUUGGGUUCCGACUGUGGACAUGACCAGCUUGGAGAACGCUUAUCGUGAGAUCGGCAGAAAACUUCUGGUGCCAGGGCUCGAAGAGAGCGGAGCCGAUGUAAAAUUUCUUGUGAAAAACGCAAUGAGCGACGGGGGCUGUGGUACUUGGCUGCUGAUUGUCGACAAUGCAGAUGAUGUAGAGCUCCUCUUUCGCAGCAAUUCGCUCGGUGAUUACCUUCCAUCCAGUCCUCUUGGAUCCAUUUUAUUUACCACUCGAAAUCAUGAAGUUGCCGCCGAACUCGACAUCCCCAGCCGAAAUGUUAUUGCAGCAGGGGAAUUGAGUGACACUGAAGCCAUCCAGCUAUUACAGACAAACCUAAAGAAGACACAAUUGGGCGACAACAAAAGUACGAAAGCCCUGCUUAAACUACUAACCAAUCUUCCGUUAGCCAUCAAACAGGCAUCUGCAUAUAUGGCAAGGACGAGCAUGUCGGUCAACAAGUAUCUGCUACAUUGCCAGGCUGGAGAUGAGAGACUGAUUAGGCUACUCAGCCAUCAGACUGAAUAUAAAGGCCGUUACAAAGGCAUGAAUAGUGCAAUCGCCUCGACGUGGCUCAUAUCUUUUACCCAAGUCCAACGGGAUAAGCCAUUGGCUGCCAGAAUUCUCCGAGGAAUCUGUUUCUUUGUCGAGAAAGAUAUCCCAUACUCGCUCUGCCUAGACAGAAAGGACGAGCUAGAGUUUGACGAAGCCAUUGGCGUACUAAAAGCAUACGCGUUUGUUAGUGAAAGGGAGGACGGGUAUUCAUUCGACAUACAUCGGCUGGUACAGCUGGCGAUGCGGAGCUGGCUGCAGGAAGAGAAAGAGCAAGAGUAUUGGAUGAAACAAACAGUACAACAGCUCUCAAAAAGAUGCCCGUAUCCGACUCAGGCCAACAAGAACUUGUGGCAACGGUACCUACCGCACAUCUUGAGUGCACUCCAAUUCUACGAGAAAAAGAUAGGAGACCUCCUUGGCAUCGAAGUUCUCGUCGGUGUAGCCCAAUUUUAUGGCAUUGUAGGAAACUAUGCAGAGCAAGAAUCGAUAUGUCGACAUUUUCUGCAAAUGGGCAAGACACCCCAAGAAUCCAACUCAGAAGUGCUACUGGACGUUAAGCAUUUGCUUGGGCAAGCUCUCUUGGACCAAGGGAAGUAUGUUGAGGCCCGACAGAUAUUUGGCGAGACGGUAGAUCAAGAAAGAAGUUUGUUUGGAGAGGAGGAUCGGAAAACUCUUUCAAGCACAAUACGCUUUGCCGAGGCACUUCACUUCUGUGGAGAGCCUGUUGAGGCGGAGAAAAUACUUCGCAAGACCCUCAGUCGAUGUGAAGCACUCUUCGGAAAGUCAGAUUCGUACACACUGAGGUGUAUGAGACGUCUCGGGGAGCAAUUGUAUUUUCAAAGGCGGUACGAAGAAUCGGAAAAGAUGAUCCGAGACGCUUUGAGCCAAGUUGGAAGCGUACCGAGAGACGAUCUGUCAGGCCUGAGCGUGACCAGGACCCUACUACAGCUUGGUCAAUCACUCGAGGGUCUAAGGCGGUUUGAGGAAGCGGAAAAGCUGUUUCGUGAGGGCGUUGACCGGUAUGAAAUGGUGUUGGGUGAAAGGCAUCCAGAAACAUUGACCGCUAAGCUAAGUCUCGCGCAAGUAUGUCGCGACCAGGGAAAGUAUCGUGAGGCGGAACAGCUGUAUCGGAAUCAAAUACCCCUGUUGAGAGACUUGUAUGGUGAUGAGCAUCGAAGGACGCUGAGGGCUAUAUCUGGCCUGGCAGGAACUCUGAGAGAGUUAGAGGAAUAUCAGGAGUCAGCGGACCUGUAUCGUGAGGAGUUACGGCUUUGCAAGAUGAUAUAUGGAGAGAACCACAAAGCAAAGCCGUGGGCAAGGCAUGGUCUCAUCUAUGUGCUCAAGAAGCAGGCCAAACUUGAAGAGGCGGAACAGAUAUAUUCAGAGAUGGAUGCGGACACGAGGACGGCGUAUGACCACAGGUUUUCGAGGUCGUCAGGCAGUUGA